AUGUAUACAAUUUUUAAGCCAUAUUAUCCAAUGUGCGCGUUUUCGGAAAAUCACUUGAUCUUUUCUAUUCUUUAAAAACAGUUGUAAAUGUCGGCUCUUUGAUUUAAAUGUAAAUGUUAAGCUUUUAAUACAAUCUGGAAAUAAAUACAUAUAGGAUGAUAAUAUCAAUUACAUUUCAAAUUUCAGAGAUACAGUAGGGAAACGAAGGAACUUGGUGUAUUUAUGGCAUCCUCCGUGGCAAACGCAGCAAUCGACAUAGGCGACAAACAAAAAGAACAAAACUACGUUCGGCUUAACUUGGUGGUUGUCAAACUUUCAACCCUUGUACUUAAAGCUAGGUUUGACCUCACUGUCCCACCAGGACCACAACUUCACCAAGAGAUAAACAAAUCCACAAAGAAAAUCAACAAUGGUAGAAGUAAAAAGCUUUUAAGCCAGAAGCAAUAUGAUUUGCUUUUCCCAAAAACUUGUCCUCCGAGCUCUGAAAAGUUCGAUAUCACUUUGUUGGUAUAUUUGUUGAAGCAGUUAUGCGGCCUCGACGGCAAAUGUAAAUGGUGGGCUGAGAAAGAUAACAAGAAUAUACCCGAAACUGAAGUUGGUGAAAUUGCAGAUAUUGUACGAAUUAGGAAUGUUAGAAAUGAGAUUAAUCAUCUACAAAAAGCAAUUGUGGAUCAAAAGGACUUCGAAGAAAAGUGGGACAUUACUGAAAAGGCAAUGCUGCGUUUAAGAGCGGUUUGUAAUUUGCCCGAAUUGAAGAAAGAAAUAGAUACAGUAAAGAACCAACCGUUCGAGAAAAUUAAGGAAAAAGUCAUUGUGAUCAUGCAAUCCCACGGAUUUGAUGACGAUUACGGAUAUUUUGAUGACGACGAGGAAAUAUAUGAAGAUAACUAUGAUGAUUAUGAUCCCUAUGACGACUAUACGGAGGAAUACGAGCAUGAUGAUUACAACGAUUAUCAUGAAUAUGAUCAAGAUCAUGACGAUGAUGUUCAAGAUCAUGACGAUGAUGUUCAAGAUUAUGACGAUGAUGUUCAAGAUCAUGACGAUGAUGAUGAUGUUCAAGAUCAUGACGAUGAUGUUCAAGAUCAUGACGAUGAUAUUCAAGAUCAUGACGAUGAUGAUGAUGUUCAAGAUCAUGACGAUGAUGUUCAAGAUCAUGACGAUGAUGUUCAAGAUCAUGACGAUGAUGAUGAUGUUCAAGAUCAUGACGAUGAUGUUCAAGAUCAUGACGAUGAUGUUCAAGAUCAUGACGAUGAUGUUCAAGAUCAUGACGAUGAUGUUCAUGACUUGAAUGAUUAUAAUGAUGAUGUAAAUGACUACCAAGACGACCAAUAUGAAGGUCACGUCAUUUAUACAAGCUACAUAUAGAUAAUGUAUAUGGAGUAUGCAUUCUUGGAUAUCGGUCACUUAUUCUGAAAUAUAAUGGACACAUUUUAAUAUAAAGUUAAAAAUAUCUGAGAUAUAUUUCAUGAAUAAUUUGUUGGCUCAGAUGCACGCUUGUGCCUAAAAUGAUACACUAAUAUUCCCCCCCCCCACCAGUAAUGGUGGGAUAUUAAGUGUGUCGGUGUGAUUUGAAUUAAAACAAUUUUGACAAAAUUAAAAGUAUACUGAAGUCUGUAUUAUCUUAUUUUGUUCAUUCUUGAUUAUACCUUUGAGCACUGUCAGGGAAAGUAGACGUAAUUGAUGUGUUUCAUGAUAUAUUUUUUAACACCACCCUUUAUCAUUAUAUAUUAUGUAGCACCGUGAUGAAUUGACUAUUAAGAUUACAGAAGAUUAAUGUUACAAUAAGCAUUAACGAUUGAAUUAUAUCAUGCAGGCUAUAUGUGUCACACAUUCUGAAGUUUUGUUUACAGAAAGAUAUUGUAACAAUGAGAAUAAUGAUUAAAUUUAUCAGAUAAUACGAUUUAUUUUAUGCAUUGUUAUGCACAAUACAUAACACAAUGAUACAAAAUAUUUGAUCAUAAAAUUUAAAAUCAGAAUAUCAUUGUAUCACUGUAAUGCUAUUCAAGUAACAAUGUAAUCGAUUCAAUAUAUAUUAUAUUUAUGAUGUUAUGUUAUCAAACAAAUAAUAUUGUUUGUAAAAUCUUGAUGCAUAUAUUAAAUAUGCAUAUCGUAACAAAACGAUACUCUUUGAACUUUGUCUUUUUCUCCGAGCGUUCAAAUAGCUUUGAAUGUGUAGUACUGUGUACUAACAAUAUUUUUGUUUUUUGCAUUGUUUUGUAAUAAUUCUGCAUUUUCUGUUACUUACUACCGGUUUAUCUAUAAAUUGUUUAAAGAAACAUGAAA